AAACUUUAUAUAUAUAUAUAUAUAUAUCUCAAUAGGCCACAUUGUGUUUGGGGUUGAGAGUCGUGAUCCUCCAUCAACACAUGGCAGUCAGAAUUUAUCGAGCGGCGGCCAAUCAGAACGCUCCUUUUAGGGCGAGCCUCCGCCGCGCUCAGCCAAUCAGAGACGCGGAUCGGGACUCGUGCCUCCGGAGGUUUGUGCAGCAAUGCAGGUCACGUGAUGCUGGGAACAGGAAUGCCAACAUGGACCCGUGGCAAGGACGGGAUGUGAGAGAGCUCCGACAAUAACACGACGGAGGAAGAAAACAACCAGGAGAAAACAGCAUCCACGGUGCUGCGACUCUGCACGGAGCCUCCAGCGAGCUGCUCACGGUUUUUGUGAUCUCACUUCUGGAUAGUGUUUCCUCCACAUCCUCUCCUCUGGAUCAAUGGUGUCUCUCAGCAGCAGACCGCUGAGUUUGGACAAUGACGUGUUCAGGGACAGCAGCAGCAGCAGCCUGUUCUCCCUCGUCCUGGCAGACGCAGCCAGCAGCGAGGGCGGCAGCUCGGCGUCCUGCGACAGCCCCGACGCCGGGGAGCUGGGCGCCGUGCUCAGCUCCAGCCCCGGAGAGGAGGAAGAUGAGGAGGAGGAGGACGAAGAUGAAGACGAGGGGGCCAGUCUGCAUAUCUUUCUUGGACCGGCGGGAGAAGAGGAGCCUGCGAGUCAGGAGCCCAAACUGCCAGACUUCCCAUUCCAUCCCUCCUCCCCGUUCACCCCGACCCUGGAGGACAUCGAGGAGUUCUUGAGGGAGAAGAUGGAGCUGGUCAAAGACGGGCUGCUGACCCCUAAAGAAGAGGAAGAAUCCCCUCGACCCUGCAGUCACUCUCCAUCCUCCACUGCACCCCCGGCUGCUUCCUCAGAGACUUGCAGUGACCCCGGGUCUAGUGCAAAUCAUUGCACUUCAAGCCCAAACACUCCUCAGAACAAGCAAAACAGCCCAGCUGACCUUUCCCCUUCUGCCCAAGUGAACCCCUCACCCUCCACCGUAACCCCGCCAGUGCUCCUGGGCGCUCCGCUGGUCCUCCAGCUCCAGCCCCUCCCUCUGGCCCAGCCUCCCACCCCAACAGGCUCUCCUCCCGGGGCCCAAAGUGGCAUCUGGCUCACUCAUCUGGUCAUGGGGCUCCAGGGUGCUGCCACCGGACAAAAUCUCACCCUGCUGGCCCCGCAGGUGCCUUCCGCCACCACCACCUCCACCACCACCACCACCACCACCACCUUGUUAUCACUGCACAGCGGAGAUCCCAAGUCAGGUGACCAGAAGUACGUGAAGAUCGCCCCUCUGCCCAUCACUAUGAGGACUCUAGAGAUCACGGGCUUGACGGGGCUUGGGGGCCAGGGCGGUGGUCUGUUGAAGGCCGUGGCCCCCCGGGUGACCAGGCUGCUGCCGACAGAGAGGGUCCAUAAGUGCUCCCACCCCGGCUGUGGGAAGAUGUACACCAAAAGCAGCCACCUGAAAGCUCACUUCCGCCGGCAUACGGGAGAGAAACCCUACACAUGUAGCUGGCCUGAGUGUGGAUGGAGGUUCUCCCGAUCCGACGAACUGUCCCGUCACCGCCGCUCCCACUCCGGCAUCAAGCCGUACGAGUGCUCACUGUGCGAGAAGAAGUUUGCCCGCAGUGAUCACUUAUCCAAACACACGAAGGUCCACCGCAGCUCCAGGCCUAGCAGGAUUAUCAGAGCCACCGUGUGACACCUUCAGCUGGCCUAAAACCCUGGCCUGCACCCACCCAGCCUGACCGCGGAGGGGGGGGGUCCGGGUCUCCCUCAGGACUUUUGGUGCUUCACAAGCAGAACUUUCAGAAGAAUCGUGAGAGCUGGCUGCUGUUCCCCCCCCCCUCACAUUUUCCUUCCUUUCUCUCCUCCCUGCUGUUUAUCUUUCACUCUUCCUUCUGAGCAGCUCGUCGUAUACUGAGAGCAGCCACCUCAGGAAAAGCUCAGCUGAAAGUGGAUUUCCUGGCCUUCACACACACACACACACACACACAAGACAAAACAGUCUUACAGAGGCCCCUCUUGCAGCCACUGCUUGCACUGCUGUCACCCGGUGCUGUUGGAAGUAUGGUGGCAACCAGCAGUAGGAGUGUCUGUAAUUCUUUUAUCCCCAUUUCUACUUUUGUGAUUCUUCCUCAAAGCCAAACUUCAGGGUCCACGUGGAUGAAGCUUCCCAAUGUUUUUUUGUUUUUGUAUGCUGUUCAAGUGAAAAUCACAUUUGUUCUAAUCAUAAUGGACAUGUGCACGUGGCAGAGCGUGACCGCCCAUCGCUGCAGGGUGAAAUUAUGAUUCAAGCAGCAGAAUUUUCAGAGUUACAGUUCGCUCUGAAUGAACACUAUGACUGCUAUGAGAAAUGUUUUUUGUCAGUCUAAAAUUGUGGCUUUUCUCACAAUUUGGCCAAACCUGAGAAAAAAAAAAAAGUUUUAUGCAUCCAGUCCUGGCCUUUUGUCGUAUUCGUCCAAUCCUAAUAGAGAGGUGAAGUCCCGCCCCUUUUGGUGGACCACCAUGGGGCCUUAUUUCAGAAACAAAAUGAACGGUAGUCAACUGCGAGAGAUAAUUUUUUUUUUGUAUCCUGUUUGAAUUGCGCCAAGAAACAUACAUGUGAUGUUUCUAGAAAGUCUCAGUUUGUUGUGAAACUGUUGAAGUAUCAGACUGUGAAAAUACGUAAUUAGAAUGACAACACGUCCAAAACUCGCGUUAAGUGACGUCUCUCUCUCUCUCUGAAGCCACGAUGUCUGUGUGUUUCCUACUGGGAUGAACUCACAGGAACAACGGGUCUGAUCCUUCUUUCUCUUCCUGACUGAUAAAAAGACCAGAGGCCUGUACUAUAAAUCAGGAUUUGGGGUUAGCGAGGUAACGUCAGGGUUAACCCUUCGGGGUUUUAAGUCCUACGAAGGGGUAGAUCGCCAUGGUAACUUAUGCUGAACACCUAACCUGCUCUGGGGCAGGUUAGGUGUUCAGGUUAUGUACAGUAUAUAAAAGCACCGCCUA